UUUCCCAGCAUGCAGCAUUCAAGAUGGCAGCGCUCAUGUCAGUCUCGCGACUGAAAACAUCGUUACUAAAAACAUCAUAUAUACGACACAUAAGAGCUCCUAGAAUACCAGACAGUCUUACUAAUUGUAUGUGCAGAAGAAAUAUCAACCAUUCAGUGAAAUAUCAGAACAGAAAGCCGUUUUUACUAAGUAGGAUAAAAUCGACCAGUACCAGCGUAUGUUGGAAAAGCAAACAAAGUGCAAUCCAACAAAAACAGCAGCUUAUAAGCCCUGCUGCUACUUCGGUCGCAGUACGCAAAGACAAACUCCACGCCCUCGGCACCGGGGUACCAGCUAAAACUGGUGUCCCAGAUCAGGUAACAGGAUGGGAGAUUAUCCGAGAAAUGCUGACGUAUAUAUGGCCCAAGGAUGAGAGGGGGAUCAAGAUAAGAGUACUGACUGCUCUCAGUCUACUGAUUGGGGCAAAGAUAACCAAUGUUUAUGUGCCAUUUUUGUUUAAAUAUGCUGUGGACCAUUUGAAUGAGCAUCAAACAGCUGCUGAUGCCAUGGCAACAGGAGGACAGGCUGCCACAGUCAUCACUGCUCUGCUCAUUGGCUACGGAGCAGCAAGGGCUGGUUCGUCUCUCUUCAACGAGAUGAGAAAUGCCAUCUUUGCUAAGGUAGCCCAGAACUCCAUCAGACGUGUUGCUAAGAACGUCUUCAACCAUCUUCACUCACUGGACAUGAAUUUCCACCUUGCACGCCAGACGGGAGCUCUGUCUAAGGCAAUUGACAGGGGAAGCAGGGGAAUCAACUUUGUUCUGAUGGCUUUGGUCUUCAACAUUGUUCCAACUAUUUUUGAGGUCGGAUUGGUCACUGGAAUCAUGUACUUUAGUCUAGGUGCACCCUUUGCUGGUAUAACACUAGCCUGCAUAGCGGCCUAUGCAACAUUCACACUCAGCAUCACGGCAUGGAGGACAAAGUUCAGAGUUCAAAUGAACCAGGCAGAUAAUGAGGCUGGUAACCAGGCGAUUGAUUCACUCAUCAAUUAUGAAACAGUAAAGUACUUCAAUAAUGAGAAAUAUGAGGUUGACAACUAUGACCGGGUUCUUGCACAGUACGAGGUAGCUUCGCUGAAAACAACCACUAGUCUGGCACUGCUCAACUGGGGCCAGAAUGCUAUCUUCAGUGCUUCACUUGCUGCUAUCAUGGUCAUGGCUAGCAAAGGAAUCAUGACAGGCACAUUAACGGUGGGAGAUCUUGUCAUGGUGAACGGUCUACUGUUCCAGCUGUCUCUACCUCUGAACUUCUUGGGCUCUGUCUACCGAGAGAUCAGACAAUCUCUGAUUGAUAUGGGCACCAUGUUCAGUCUACUCAAAGUGGAAUCCAAAGUCAAGAGGAAAGUGAAUGCACCAGCUCUGGAUAUAACACCCCAGAAUGCCAGUAUUACAUUUGAGGAUGUCAGCUUUGGGUAUCUUGAAGGUCAAGACAUCUUCAAUAACUUAUCCUUCACUGUCCCAGCAGGGAAGAAGGUCGCCAUUGUCGGGGGAAGCGGAUCAGGGAAAUCCACAAUCAUGAGGAUGCUGUACAGAUUUUAUGAUCCCGACUCUGGGCGUAUUUUGGUAAAUGGCACUGAUAUCAGGGAUGUUGACCUGGACAGCUUAAGAAGGUCAAUCGGUGUCGUUCCUCAGGACUGUGUUCUCUUCCACAACACCAUCUUCUACAAUAUCAACUAUGGGGACUUCAAUGCUACUGCAGAGGAGGUAUUAAAUGCAGCCAAGAUGGCCGACAUUGAUGGCAGUGUGCGUAAGAUGCCUAAAGGUUAUGACACAGAAGUUGGCGAGAGGGGCCUCAAAUUAUCAGGUGGCGAGAAACAGCGUGUUGCCAUAGCAAGAACCAUCUUGAAGAAUCCACCCAUCAUUCUGUAUGAUGAGGCUACAUCAUCACUGGACUCCAUCACAGAGCAGAACAUUCUAAACUCGAUGAAAAGUGUAACCAGAGGGCGCACUUCAAUAUUUAUUGCACACCGCCUGUCCACCAUCGUAGACGCAGACGAGAUUCUGGUCAUCGACAAUGGCCGCGUCGUCGAGCGAGGCAGCCAUUACGUACUGCUUAGCAACCCAGACAGUAUGUACUCGAUGCUAUGGAACAACCAGAACAAAGUAGCGCUGGAGGGAGAUUUAAAUGAGGGGGCGGGGCUUCAGAAUAGUGAGGAGGAGGAGUUGUUACCGUGACGAUCAUUCUUUUACCUUUACAAAUAGUCCCAAACUUUAUAUCAUUAAAUAAUAUUACUCUUUAUCAAUUUUUAUUAUCAUGUUCUGCCAAGUGUUGACAAGAAUAUCCCUAACAGAAAGGAUGAAAAUGAAUCAGCUUAUUCUGGGGCCAUCAGGGUCCAAUGUCAUAGAUCUGCUUCAAGCAAACAUCAAAUGUGUUAUGCUUAGCACAACAUUAUUUUUGCAAUUUGUACUGUAUAGGUUUUGAAAAAAAGAAAUGGUGCUAGAAAUACUAAGGCAAAAUUUCAUAGAGCUGCUUAAGCACAAAAAGUA